UAUUUAUAAUUUCAUUCAGGCUACUAAAUACAAAACAUGCCUAGCAGAAUGGGCUCGAAAACUGAUUUGAACAAAGACUUCAUCAGAGUGAAAACACACUAUAGUGGGGACAUCCUGAUAACAAACUUGGAUGCAUCAAUGAGCUACAACGAACUUUGUGAUGAAGUGCAUGAGAUGUGUAAUCUACAACAAGAACAGCCGAUUACCCUGAAGUGGAUUGAUGAUGAAGGUGACCCGUGUACCAUCUCAUCGCAGAUGGAACUGGAAGAAGCCUUCCGUUUGUACUGUCAAAACAGAGACGAAGGGCUGAUCAUUCACGUUUUCCCAAGUAUUCCUGAGAAACCCGGCAUGCCUUGUCCAGGAGAAGAUAAAUCGAUCUACCGACGUGGAGCCAGAAGAUGGAGGAAGCUGUACCGAGUGAAUGGGCAUUUGUUUCAAGCCAAACGUUUUAACAGAAGAGCGUAUUGUGGCCAGUGCAGUGAAAGGAUAUGGGGUCUCGGAAGGCAAGGCUACAAGUGUAUCAACUGCAAAUUGUUGGUCCAUAAACGUUGUCAUAUACUUGUUCCACUGACCUGCAAAAGGCAUAUGGAUUCGGUCAUGCCUUCCCAGGAACCUCAGUUAGAUGAUAAAAAUGAUGAAGUUGACCUCCCUUCAGAAGAAACUGAUGGCAUUCCCUACAUUCCUUCAAACCGGAAACAUGACAACAUUAAAGAUGACUCUGAGGAUAUCAAACCAGUCAUUGAUGGAAUGGAUGGAAUUAAGAUUUCUCAGGGGCUUGGACUACAGGACUUUGAUUUAAUCAGAGUUAUCGGACGUGGAAGUUAUGCCAAAGUUCUUUUAGUUCGGUUAAAAAAGAAUGAUCAAAUUUAUGCAAUGAAAGUAGUGAAAAAAGAAUUGGUCCAUGAUGAUGAGGAUAUUGAUUGGGUACAGACAGAGAAACAUGUGUUUGAACAGGCAUCCAGUAACCCAUUCCUAGUUGGUUUACAUUCAUGCUUUCAAACAACAAGUCGAUUGUUUCUUGUCAUAGAGUAUGUAAACGGAGGAGAUCUUAUGUUCCAUAUGCAACGGCAAAGAAAACUUCCUGAAGAACACGCAAGGUUUUAUGCUGCUGAAAUUUGUAUCGCUCUAAACUUCCUACAUGAAAGAGGCAUAAUCUACAGAGAUUUAAAACUGGACAAUGUUCUUUUAGAUGCAGAGGGUCAUAUCAAAUUAACAGAUUACGGCAUGUGCAAGGAAGGUUUGGGCCCUGGUGACACUACAAGCACUUUCUGUGGGACACCAAAUUAUAUUGCACCAGAGAUCCUCAGAGGAGAAGAAUAUGGGUUCAGUGUGGACUGGUGGGCUCUCGGUGUGUUGAUGUUCGAAAUGAUGGCAGGAAGGUCUCCAUUUGAUAUUAUUACUGACAAUCCAGACAUGAACACUGAAGAUUACCUCUUCCAAGUUAUUCUGGAGAAGCCAAUCCGGAUUCCAAGAUUUCUUUCUGUCAAGGCUUCCCAUGUGUUAAAAGGAUUUUUAAACAAGGACCCCAAAGAAAGGCUUGGUUGUCAGCCGCAGACAGGAUUUUCUGAUAUCAAGUCUCAUACAUUUUUCCGCAGCAUAGACUGGGAUCUGCUGGAAAAGAAGCAAGCAACCCCUCCAUUUCAGCCUCAGAUCACAGACGAUUAUGGUUUGGAUAACUUUGAUACACAGUUCACCAGCGAACCUGUGCAGCUAACCCCAGAUGAUGAAGAUAUAAUAAAGCGAAUAGAUCAGUCAGAAUUUGAAGGAUUCGAAUAUAUUAAUCCGUUAUUGCUGUCAACAGAAGAAACAGUAUGAAGGAAUGACAUCUUCAUUGUGGACAAUGUGAAUGACCUUUACAUUUAUCCUUAACCACAGUAUAUGCAUGCGAGGCUG